AUGUAUGAGGAUAAUAUUUUAACACAGUCUAAGUGUGCUUUUCUAGAUCACCACGAAUAUCCCACUGUGAAUGAAUCUCAGAUUACCCAGACUUCUGAUGACAGUCCAAUCGGACCGACGACCGAUAACUAUUUUGUGUUAGAGAAAGAAAUGGGAUCGAACAGUGUACCACCACCAAACAAGGAUACUCAGAUAAACGUUCAACAAACGACACCAAGUAAUGACUUUGCAUUAGAACACGAUGAUGUUUUUAAUGCUUAUGAAACAGUUGAAGACGCUAAUCGAAUGUCAAAUUGUAACAUCCAGGUGGUUGAUGAGGUAUAUAACACAUUACAUGCAACUGAGGAUCUGCCCACUGAUUCAACAGAUAACUACAGUCAUUUCAAUGACUUCAAUCAAGAAUACAGUCAUUUAAUUAGAUAAAUAGGAUACUGUGAGAGAGGCGACUGUCUUUAUUGUAACCGCAAUCAUUUCUAAAACGUCUAUCUUUUCUAGCGUUUAUUUAAAACAGAAAAGGCAAUUGAUUUUGUUAUCAAAGAGACAUUCAGUGUUUUUUUUUUAAAGUUGCACAAAAACAUGUUAUUAUAUAAGUAUUUUUUUUUACCAGGCAUUGCAAAGCGGGUCUGUUCCUCACAUCUUCUAUAAAAGACAUUAUUCAUUAUUCAUUUUAUUGAUAUAACUAUGUUUGCAUUAUUCCAUUUUUAAAGAAUUUUUCUUCAUAAUAUCUCGUUGUUGGUUUUAAAUAGCAAUAUUGUACAUUCGUUAAUUUGUAAAUUCAUUCAAGUUUGAAAUAAUAUUAUCCAGAUUUUUUUCGCGUAAUCUUUUAUUCACGAUUCGACAGUUUGAAAUCAAUUUCGG